AUGCCCAGUGCGAGUCUUCCUAUUGAUGUGCCGCGAACUAUAGGCAGUAUGGAUAUGGAUGAUAGCGCAAUAGGUGGGGGCGGCGGUGAAGGUGCGAAUGUGACUAAUGUGGUUGAGAUUGAGUAUGGUGAUACUAUGGAUAUAAAUCAGCCUAGAGUUCCUCAAGGUGAAAGAUCUAUACCAGUCGACGAAGAAUGGAAUUUGUAUGGUGCAUCACCCCCAAGAGCUAAUCCGCCGAGAAUUACACCAGCUUCAACUUCCACAAACGCAAUCAAUACUCAAACCACGGCGCAACCAGAACCCCAAGCUAAAACCUUCCAUCGUUUCAGUCUUUUUCCAACAGAGAUUCGCCGUAUGGUCUGGAAGUGUCACGCAGAAGAAGAAGAAAACUUUGGACCACGUCGCACUCUCACCAUCAUAGCCAAACACACCGGGGAUCCCAAGAACAAUGAUCGUUGUACGUACGUUCCGGAAUUAGAACAACGUGUAUAUAUCAAGAUCCGCCUGCACUCUCGUGCCUUUGAUACGGGAUCAGCCUUUCCAUGGGUCGCGCAACCUGCCUUAUCUUACAGGAGUCCAGCUUCUCUAUAUGUCAAUCAAGAAUCCAAGGAUGUCGGCCAGGAAAUGUACUCGAAAAGCCAUUUUCUAAUGUCAAUAUUCGGAGACGGAAAGACGGUUUACUUUCGCAAAGAUAUUGACAUACUUCAUUUUGCCGAUUGGUUUACUUUUAGUACUUUCUGUCUUCAAUACGCGUUUGUACAGACUGGGGAAGCCUCAAUGGCAGCAGCAAUUCAAGCAAAUCGUCGACCACAGAUUCCCACUGAUGAGGAAGAUUUACCGUUCAAUCUUCAAUGUUCUACAUGCAGGACCCAUCAUAGGGGCUGGAAUCAUCAAAAUCCAUGUUCUGCUUGCCAAGAUUUGAAUCCAAGAGAGCGUCUUGAUGAUCACAUCAAACACUUUGCGAUAGCAACGGAUUCGAUUGUAGGAAGAGGAUCAUUUGGGUUUGUCAAUCGUCGGGAUGCCGAAAGAUACGCAAACAGACAAACAGAGAGAAUGCAGAACCUCCGAAGGAGAGCACUUGAGUAUAUAAACUGGAGUUGCAACAGAUUUGAUACCCUGGUUCUAGGCAUGGCUAGUCAUGAAGAAUCGGAUACGGUGCCUUGGGAAAGAUUAGACUGGCUUGAGAAGCGAUAUAAAUUGAGAAUGGAACUUUUGAGGUUCUCUUCGGAUGAAUAUUUCUCGAAGAUAGACUUUUUGUCGAAAGAGGCAUUUGUCGAGAGAUUUGGGAAGUGGGGUCCACAGUUAAGCUUAAGUUAUAGGCACGCCGCGGUCCAAUGUUCAGGGUUCAAGGGAUGGUUACAAUCAGGGAAGGCGUUUAACUGGCCAAAGAAAAAAGCAAAGAAGGCGAUCUUAAAUGUAGAUGAGUUCAGUCCUCUGGCAGAAGUCAGAGGGGAGAGAUCUUUAGUCAAACAUAAAUACUACAUCAUAAACGGAAGCUUCGUUUCCUGA